AAGUCAUAGCCUUCUGCAAGUUCCGUGUGUGUUGCGGAAAAAUCCCUUUUUGGGCGUCCGACCACAUGUGAGAAUUGUGAACAAAAUAUGGUUCUUUAGUGAUUUUCUGUUCUGAAAAGCUAAUUUGAAAGUGUAUUGUAUACGGGAUCGAUAGAUAGAUUGUGUACGAAGCGUUCAGUGUACAAGAAAAGUUGGAAUUUGACGACGGAAGUGGAUUUUUUCGAUGUAAAUACUGUCCUGCCAGGGUCAGUCCGGUGUGCCCGUAGUUGUGUUCGCAUAUUUUUCGUUCAUCAUUAGUUACGUAUCAUUUCUCGGUUGCAUAUUCGCUCUCCGUUCUUUCGACCUUCGCUCGAUAGGGUCGAGUCGCGAGUGUGGUGCAAUUUGUUCUAGAUUGUUGGGUUAGGACGGCACCAUGCCGUGUUGAGGAGCAUGGCAGCGCGCUCGUGAUCGUCGGCCGGCGCGGAGCGCGCGCCCCGCUUAUAUAACGAGGAGGCGACGGCAUGGCCGCUCGCGUGUCGUCCGAGGGUGCUGGACCCUCGUACGCGUCAGUGCUGAACUUUAAAGGUGGUGACAACAACAAAGAGAACAUUGAGAACAUAGAGAGUGCCGAGGAGGUCGCUGAUGCGGCUCCUCGGCACGACGAGGAGGAAGAGGAGGGCUUCGUGCCGGUGAUCUCCCACGGGAGGAGGCCUGGCAAAGGGCGGCGCGAUCGGGAGCGCAGAGCGCCCCCGAGGCCGCACAAGGCGCCGCAGACGCACACGGAGCCUCAGCCGACGGCAGAACAGCAGGCUGCGGCUGCUGAAGCUCAGCCCAAGAAGUUUGUGGAGGCACCCAUACCGAAGGUCAAUCCUUGGCAGGUGCGAGGUGGCAGCACGGGCGCUCCGCCCCCGGCCCCGCCAUCGGUUGUCGAGCUGGAGAAGCGGUCGCCGUUGCAGCCGCAACAGCAGGGCAGGGCGCAGCCUCCGCCGCAGCCAGAGCCGGCGCCUGCGCCGCCCGUGCCGAAGCCAGCCGUCGUGAAGGCGCCCAAAAAUCCCAAGAUCAACCAAAAAGCCUCAGAUUUCACGGACAUCGGGGAUUGGCCGACGCUGGGCGCGGCAGUGGCUGGCGCCCGGUGCCACUCCACGCCUCCCCCCCACGAUGCGGACUCCUCGCAUCAUAAUGGCAACGCGGACCAGGAGCGUAAACCACCAGAGGAGCCGGUCCACCAGAAAGUGGAGAGGGUGGAGCCAACGCAGAAUCACGCGCAGCACAACGACAAGAGCUAUGACAAAGCUAAAGCUUCAGGCGCAGGCAAAGCGGGCAACAAGUCCGGCAAACACAAGUGGGUGCCCCUGGAUAUCGACGUUAAGGCGGCCAGACCCAGCAAGCAUGGCCUGUCGAAUGCUCGGCCUGAUAACGACACAGUGUCGCUGAACGGGGAGGAGUCGCGGGGCACAGCGCGGGGCACAGCGCGCGGCCGCGGAGUGACGCGCGGGCGCGGCGUGCGGCGCGCGCGUCCCGCCUCUGCGCUGCCGGCCGUGCCGCCGCAUCUGCACUACUACCCGCACGACCUCGCGCACCAUCCCGACCUCGCUCAGCUGCGAGUCGCUCAAGCCGGAGUCGCGCAGGGGCUGGUGCUGCAGUACUCGGGGCUGCCGCUGGGGGCGCCGCUGGGGGCGCCGCUGGCGCAGGCCUUCUACUACGGCGCUGCGGCCGCCACAGCCGCGCCCUACGGCGUGGGUCUCGACCCGGCCACGCUGAAGGACCUUAUCAAGAAGCAGAUUGAGUACUACUUCAGCGCGGACAACCUUGCCCGCGACUUCUUCCUCCGCCGCAAGAUGGAAGCCGACGGAACCAUACCUGUGACCCUGAUAGCUUCCUUCCACCGCGUGAGGGCGUUGACCCAGGAUGUGCAGCUCGUGCUUACCGCUAUACGGGAUUCGGAAAAACUGCAGCUCAUUGACGGCUUCAAGGUGCGGACAGCAUUCGAGCCGACAAAAUGGCCGAUCCUUGACCUCACGAAUAUCAAUGAUGGACAUGACGAGAGGAAACAUACGGAGGAAAAGUCGAAACCCGCUGAGGUAGCCAAGGCACCAGAAGAAAAACUAAAAGAGGCUGAACCCCAACCACAGCCCGAGAAGCUUCCAGAGACGCCCCCGAGCGAAGCGAAGCAAGACGAAGCGCCCAGUAUAGAGACGAAGCAGGAGGUCGAGACGCCGAAGCACGAGGAAGUGGUCGCUGUUGAGAACAACGAACCACAGCAACAAGAGAAUGAGCCGUCUGAAGUGCCAAGCCAACAGACGGACAAGCAAGCAGACGAUAACAAGAAAGACUCCAACGAAGACCCGCCGCUUCAGUCCGAAGAAGACAAACCGGGGGAAAAAAGACGUAAAAAACAGAUGGUUGGAAUAUUCCCCCUGGCCACGAUGGGGGGUCCCCUGGUCGCCCCGGUCUCCCAUUUGCUGAGGGCUGUGCCCCCACCACCAUUGCCCAGGAUGUUCCGCACGGGCCGCGGCGCGCCGGACCCGCUCAACCCCGACGUGCCCGAGUUCGUGCCGCUGCUAAGACGCCCCGAAGAGACUAAUGAAGUCCAAGCCGCUGUCAGCCCCGCUUCAGAUAGACAGGAUGUAUGGACCGAGGUGAAACGCCGCACAAAGGCGGGUUCUCGCGAACGCGUCCCUCCGCCCGAAGAAGAUCGCGCCGAGGAACCUCGCGAGGAACUACACUUCCAGCUCGAUGAGGAACUAGAGCUGCCGCCGCCGAGGCUCAACACAUUCACCGAUACUUGGUCUGACGAGGAAUCCGAUGCGGAGUUCACGGACCGCGACGUCGGGCGGCUGCUGAUCGUGACGCAGACGCCCGUGCGGCAACACAAGCACGACCACGACCGCCAGGGGGACUGGAGCACCAGGACCAAGAUCACGCAGGACCUGGAACAGGUGAUAACAGAUGGACUGAGGCGAUACGAGGAAGACUUGUGGAACGACUCUGAAUACACGUCGUCAUACGGCAGCCAAAACCAAUACCGCACUGUGUCGCUCAUAUCUCGGGAACAGUUCGAGGCAGCGGUGCCUAAUGAGAGGCAUAACAACCCCGCCGAGCCCCCUCCCCCGCCCCCCAGACCUAAGAGGGCGGAACCCGAACAUGGUGGAGGCAAGGCGGGCCGCCGCCGCACGGCGCGGUUCUACGCCGCGAACAAGGAUCCCCACGCCACUGACGUUAUUACAAGCAGGAAAAACAAAACGCGGCAUAGCUUGAACCCGCCGAUAGAACACCACGUCGGCUGGAUCAUGGACAUCCGCGAACACCGCCCUAGGACUCAGAGCACCGGAUCAUCGCUGGGCACAUCGCCCACUCUGGGCUCUUCUUGUGGGUCAAUGCCCCAGUCGUUGCCCACGUUCCACCACCCCAGCCAUGGGUUACUACGCGAGAACCACUUCACGCAGCAGGCGUACCACAAGUACCACUCCAGGUGUCUCAAAGAGCGUAAGAAGCUAGGCAUCGGGCAGUCGCAGGAGAUGAACACGCUGUUCCGGUUCUGGUCCUUCUUCCUCCGGGACCACUUCAACCGCACCAUGUACAACGAGUUCAGAACGCUAGCGAACGAAGAUGCGGCGGCCGGUUUCCGCUACGGCCUGGAGUGCCUGUUCAGAUUCUACUCGUACGGGCUCGAGAGGAAGUUCCGGCCCGAGCUGUACCAGCACUUCCAGCAGGAGACCAUGGCUGACUAUGAGAAUGGUCAGCUGUACGGCUUGGAGAAGUUCUGGGCGUUCCUCAAGUACUACAAACACGCCGGCCAACUGCAAGUGGAGCCGAAGCUGCAGGGCUACCUCUCCAUGUUCAAGAGCAUUGAGGACUUCCGAGUGCUCGAGCCCCAACUGAACGAGUUGCUGGCGUCACAGGGCGCCCGCGCCCCGGGCCGCGGCCCGCACGCGCGCCCCUACGACCGCCACCGCUCCGUGUCCGAGAGCGAGCGCCAGAUACACAGGGUCAACUUCAGCCGCGGCGCGCAGGCGCAGUCGAGCCGAGCGGAACAACGCGGCCGCGCCGGCUCGUGCGGCGCGCAGAGCGUCGUCGCCUCCAACAGACCCAGCCCGACGCCGAAGCCGAAAGCCGGUUGCGACCCGAAGCAAGUGGCGGCGAAGCAGUGAUCCGCGGACUGUUCUUAAAUUAGAUGUAACGAUGCAUUUUUAUAAAUAAAAAAAACUAUAAAAAUAUACCUAAAUAGUGAAGUGACAGUGUCGGUUGUUGUGUUCUAUCGUGACGGUGCGGGCUGGACGCGGACGGGGCCUAGCUUGUAUGCAACGACAAUAAGCAGCGCUACGCAAGCCACCGGCGAUAUUACCGCUACUAUGUAAACAUAUGUCUAUAUAUAUUUUUGACAAUGUACAUUAACAGCAGUCAUACUAUUAGAUUUUUUUUCGUAAUAGCAUAUAAUUGGUAAUAUAUAAAUUGGUCUGUCGUUGCGGCGGGAUUUUUUAAUUAAAAUAUAUAUAUAUAUUUCAGUGAAAAAGUGUUCUGUCUCGCUCGCGCAAUGUCAAAUAUUGGAAAAGGUAAGGGGCAGAACUUUUUUUUUUAAUUUAGAGCGCUGAUAGACCUUAAUAUUUGAAAAUAUUUUUUUUUUUUGUGAUAGGUAUUGAUCUCCAAAACUAUGAACUAUUUUUUUCUAACGAUUUUUAUGGAUUUAUAAAUUAUCAAAAUAUUUCGUUCGAUUUCAUAAAAAUUAUAACAUAAUCGAAUGUUAUAAUUUUUAUGAAUUUUGCAAUUAUCAAAUUCGGUCGCAACGAGAUUAAUAAAAAAAAACUUAUUUUUUUCUUAGCUUGUAUCGCUUUCGUAGGUUAAGUGAGCACUCGCGGUGCUAAGCGGUUAUCCGCUCGUCCGGCCAGCCGGUGUCUGUCUGUCUGUCUGUCUGUUCAGUCAUACUGCCUAAACUUAAUGUUAUACUAAGAUGGAGAUGUAUAAAAAAGUAUGACUUCAAGAUUUCGUAAUAUCAAAUCUCUAAGUCUACUUAUUCAACGACACAAUAUUACAAUCAAUUGUGUGUAUUUGAUGGUAGACUUGGACUGGCUAAACUGAACUCCAUAGAUCAUUUAUCUAACGAUAAAAAUAUAAUUGGAAUAGGUAUACGCGGUUUACGAGAUCUGAAGUCAUUGUUUUCAAUAUAAUCUUUUUUCGUAGUAUGAUAUAACACAAAUGAGCAUUUUUUAAAUAUGCAUACAAUUUUUUUUUAACAAUAGUCGAUAUGCCAAGUCAUAUUCAGUCUGAUUAUGGAUUAAUAACAAAAAAAAACACGACUGCCAUUUUUUAUACACUGCCGUCAAACGUUAAGCUUAAAGAAAAUAAGUUUUGUAUUUAUGGGUCUACAACUCAUUUUGAAAAUAUAUAGGUAUCUAUAGUAUGAGAGCGAUAUACAUAGCUUACAUUAUAUACUAAAUGAUAUCUUCACAUGUUAACCUGUUACAGCAUUUAGAAUUAUAUAAUCUGCAAAGCAUUACACCGUAUUCUUGGCAGUCGUGUAAAAUCUGUCAUGGUUUUAUUAUUAAUUAGUAUUUCGUAGACGAAAUAAUUUAAGGAGCCUGUAUAAUAUUAUGAAAUCACUAAUUUUAAUGUAAUAAAACUAAUAAUACUGAACUUGUAUCGGUAAGUUAUUUUAAUGGAACACAUGAAUAAUAAAAGUUGACAGUCAUACAUAUACAUAUAUAUUUACUAUAUAACAUUGGGUCAUAUAUUUUUUUAUAGGUGUUUAGUUUUAUUGAUAAAAAAAUUGGAUUCUUUUGUAUUACACUGUUUUCAGAAAAAAAUAACAUAAAUUAUAUAAAAAUGUCAUAAAAAUUAUCCAAAAAUAUAUAUGGACAUAGGACGGUAGAUUAUGUCUGUAGUUGGUAUCAAUCGACUAGAACCAAUACCGGAUAUCGGAGAUAAUAUAAGUCACUUUCCGCUGAGAUGUUUUCUAACGCAAAUGAUUUCGAAGUUUUCAUUACCAUUUAGACUAUUUCUUACGCAUUAUCUGUUACAAAGCUAGCUUUUUAACUUGGAAUGUAAUUGAAUUUAUCAGAGUAGAAUCAAUGCAAUUUUGAAAAAUUUCAAUACAUGUAUAAUUUGGAUGGCAAUCCAUGAUAACAACGGCUCGUGUGAAAAAGCAUCAGAAAAAAUAUAAUCUCGUUCCAUAAAAAAUAUAUGACCCAUAAAAAACGGGUGAGGUAUGUCCAACCUAAUUUUUUUAGUGUCAAAAUUGUUAUAUGUACAGAUGUUGAUAUUUCCAAGACUCUGUUUAGGCGUGGUGUGUAAACGUGAAUGCGUGUACAGUUAGUGUGACGACUUGUUUCUUUAAGCCGGCCCCGGGCGAUGGAUUAUAUUUAUGAAAAAAAUAUAAUUUUGCAGAUCAGUGUACCAUAGGUUGUGAGACCAUCGGAAGAAUUUGAUGGUAAAUUAGAUUUUAAUAUUGCAUCUUUCCUUUUUUCCUAUCAGAAUGUUUUAUUACUGUUACGAGUUUAUUUGCGCCGCUUAAAGGCCUCUGAUAAGAUUUUUCACGACUACUUAUUUAUAUUUAUUAAAUAUAAGGAAAAUAAUAAUAAUUCUUUAUUUCUCUCUUCAAAAAAUCGAACUUCGACUUUUACCUUUUGUUUAAUAUAAUAUAUAUAUAUUUAUCUAAUAAUUCCACAGCAUUUUCAACAGAGUAUUUUUCAUUUAUUUUCUUUGACCUUUUAAAAAAUAAAUGUCUAAAAUAAAUUUUGAAAUACCAAUAUUUUUAAUACCUUUCAUUCUCGCGUCUUCCCAGUUUCACUAUCGGCUGCGGUGCCCAGAAGCCGGGUCCCGCAAAAAACAGAAGCGGAAUAUAUUAAAUUCUUCAGUACAUUAGUUCAAGCUCUCAACUGUAAAAAUGAAACAAUGACAAAAAUAAUAUAUAUUGAUUAAUGGGAAAUUAGCGAUUAUCAUUGCCCGGGGUCUUCGGUCGUUAUACUGCCACGGUGUCUGUCAAUUGAGCAUCGGGUAGAAUGCUGAAUGUGUAGAUAGUUGCGGAGACUCACCACACAAACACAUUUCUUUCUAUGAAGUAAAUAAAAAAAGUUUUCAAAAAUUUUAAAAUUUUGGACAUACGAAAAUGUACUAUGAUAUUUGUCCAUGCUCUAUCCCGCUCUCACAGUCAAAAGUGCGAGCAGGACGACCUGAAAUUGUCAACGCGAAAUUCUCCGUUCCUGUCUUACAUUUCAUAUGCAUGAGUUUGUGUAGAAGCAAUUGUUAGAAUGCAUAAGCGGUACUGCUGUCUCGCUCGCACGGUAUGUGAGCGAGACGCAUUGAUUCUGUAAAUAUGGUGAUUGUGCGCGUUCAAUAAAGUUUAGAUUUCUUGAUUAUAUAUUGAGACAUUUGCGUUCAACAUUGAUUAGUGUCUUUUUUGCAUAAAGAUUUAGUUUAUGAAGUCAUUUCGUCUAUCAUGUUGGAACGAAAAUCCUACUCUUUAAAGAUAUGGCUUAGGUAUUAUGCCCCCUGAGAUAUGUACUCUAAUUAAUUAUGGCUUAUACGCAGAACGACCAUUUCUUAAAAUGUCUAGUCGUAAAAAGUCUAUCGCAAAAGAUCGCUGUCGCAAAAUGGGUCUUCUCAAUAUAUCACGAGGGAUUUGUUAAUUACGUAAUAUUAGUAACAAUAUGAUCAUACCGUCAUGUUACUAAAAAUACGUCAAUUGAUUAAAUAAGUAAUAUUAUUAUUUAGAUAUUUUGCAAAAAAAGACUGU